UUUCUUCCAUCAGAAUACCUGUUCUUUUAUUUUUUCUUUGCUUUGAUGCAUUGAAAUGUGUUUUUUUUUCCUUGUUAAGAGUUAAAUUCCCCCUCCCUUCAACACACUGCUAAUCAAGUAAUACUUUGCUUGUUUGCUGUAUUGUAGGCCAGUAGUUGUUUGCUGAUAUUGUAGAGAGUUGUCCUUCAGGGAUUUCUUUUGGAGUUAUAAGUUGAGAUAAUUAUUUCUCUCACAAGUCCACAAAAUAUGUAUUUAGUAUUCAUUUAAACUUUGGCAUUCGCAACGUGAGUUCAAUUUUUUUAAUGAUAACAAUGUUUUGUAAACUUUUAAAAUUAAUUAUACUUCAGAUGACGUGAAGAAGUGGUAAAAAAAGUAAACAACAUCCGUGCACAAGGCUAGGAAGUAAAAACAAUAUGAAUAUAUUCGUUUUUAUCGGAGAAAAUAAAUUUCUUCUAGAUUUUCUACUGAAUAAAUGAGAUGUAAUAUAUUGUGGCAGGAUAGAGUGAGGGUUGUUUAUUGAGAAUUCAAUGGAAACAGAAUGGUGUGCUCCCUUAGCUCAUUAUAUGUGUGUAUAUGUUUUAAAGAAACAAAAGCAAAAUGAUAGCAAUGAGUUGUUUUGAAGUUUCAAGUCUGUUCGUUCUACUGAAUUGCUUCUCUGUACCAGAAUGGUACAUCUUUGCCUUUAUCGCUUUAGAAGAUAAUUUUUUUGAUGGAAGUUGGAUCUUGGUAUUUUGACCAGCAUCUUCCUUGCUUUAUGUUUAUGUUAUGCUUUCAAAUGUCAAUUCCCUCUUUAUUAAUUGACCUUGUUGUUACUCUCUUUUUUUCUCAUGAAUUUGGUUUAUUUUUCGGUUGAAUAGCUAUUCUUUAGAAAUUGAAAGGAGACAAAAGGGGUCAUGUUCCAGUGACGUGCUUGCUGCUCACAAGCUUCUUUGCCCUUUUCACGGCUGUGGUCUUCAUCUCAAUCUCAUUCCCGAGUGUAAUUAUUCUGAGCUUUCAAUUUAUACUGGGUAAUGGGGCAUAGACAUCCAUUUACAGCUGCAGCUCAAAUGUUUGAAGGUGAAGAUGAUCAUACUUGGAACCAUAUGCAUAUGGAGCGACCUUAUAUGAAUUUAGCACAGAAUGGCUUCUUUAAUCCCAUAGAAAGUACGAAUGUGGAUGCAGUGCCGUUCUCUUCUCAUUGGAAUCCUGCUCUGAUGUCAAAUAUGUAUAAUUCCUUGAGUCAUAAUGAAGUAUCGCAUCAUCAACCAAACCCUCCAGGCUCAUCUUACAAUCCUUUUGUCCAUCUGCCACCUGGUGGAGCCUUUUGUAUGGUACCAGAGGACUAUGUGCACCAUGCAUCAUCUUCCAACGUUGACCAACAGACAUUCCAUGGAGCUGAGGGCAGUUUUGUUGAUCUUACUAUGGGAAAUGGUAGAGUGCCACACAAGCGGAAAAGCCCUGGAAUACCUGACACGCGUGAGAGAGGCAGUAGAAAUGGAUGUUAUUCUGCGGGAAGCUCCUCUAACCACAACUUGUCCUCUGAAUGGCAGUCAUGGACACCAAAUUUAGAUUCUCAACAAAUGCCUAGGGAACACAUUUCCAUGAACCCGAGUUAUAGAGGCAAUGGCCUAUCUGUUAGGUCUGAUUGUUCGAUGAGGAAUGUGAGAAGUCGUCCUGCCCUUGAUUUGGAAUCCAACCAUGCUGGGACCUAUUUGUCAAGCAUUCCUCCCCCCAGCUCCUAUCCCACAAACUGCCCCAAUGAUUAUUCUUCUAGCUCAUUGGAUUUCUUUGGUGAGACAUCUUCCACCUUGACACGGGAUUUGAGCCAGGUGUCAUCAGUUCAUGGAAGGAAUCUAGUUUCAGAUACUGGUGGCAAUCAUGAAACAAAUCACUUCCAUCUUGGAGACAGUGCUAGUAAUCCAUCUCCAGAAAUUGGGGGAUACCAUCAUGAUUACGUUUUGGGCAGACAUGCCAUAAAUAGUCAGAGUUUUAAUGGUGCCUCAACUAAUUCCGUGAGGGGUGUUCGUAGUAGCUAUUCUCAAAGAUCUGGCCCAGCUUUGCGGCCAUCUUCUAGCGGUUUGCGGUUGGGACAUGUUGCACCUUCAGAUGAGGGAUUGCAAUUAUUUGCUGAAAGGUAUUCCGCUGGACAUUCGAGACCAUUGCCCUCCAUUCCAUGGCAUGGCAGUGACAGGAUUGGGAGGUCAAGGGCAUCCAAUGAGAGAUAUAGAUUGCUAUCUGAUGAGACCAGUCUUCGUGAUCAACUUUCAUCUGAGGCGUUUAUGAUUGUGGAGCGAUCAGCCUUGUACGGGUCCAGAAAUGCAUUUGACCACCGCAGGGACAUGAGCCUAGAUGUCGACAACAUGAGCUAUGAGGAAUUGCUUGCACUUGGGGAAAGGAUCGGCACCGUUAGUACAGGGUUGUCUGAAGGCGCAGUAGUAAAGUGUUUAGCAGAGACAAUACACUUUUCCUCUGGUCAAUUCCAGAACAGAGGAUCUUGUGCAAUAUGCCUGGAAGAGUACAAGGACAUGGAAGAUGUUGGGAGCCUGAAGAAUUGUGGUCAUGAUUAUCAUGCAAUCUGCAUUAAAAAGUGGUUAUCAAUAAAAAAUUUGUGUCCCAUCUGCAAGGCUUCUGCUCUGGAUGAUGAUUCCAAGGGAAAGUAACUUAAAUUUAUGCCCUGAGGUUUUAAUCCUUCUAUAUAGAUAUCUAUACAUUUAGACUUGGAGACAUUUCCCUCAAAUGAAGAGAACAGGGGGAAAAAUUUGUAAGGGAAUGCCUUUUUAAACUCCCAUUCGUUAAUUAGUAACAGUUAAUUAAAGAAAAAAAGCAGCAUUAGUGGUACUACUUAUGUGAUAGCUGGGUAUGCAAUCAAAGUAGAAUAUGCGAGCGUCUGAGACUCGGGUGGUGAGUAGAUAGAUUUGCAUUGCAUUGUUGAAGUUGAUGAUGAAUAUAUAUGAUAAUGAUUGCAUCAGUUCUCUCUU